CUUCUUGCCCCCGCCACGCUGUUCCUCUCAGAAACCAAUCCACUGCAACAUUGUUGAGAAAUCAAUAGCAACAGUGGAGUGGGUAAAGCCUCCAGCCAGGGCUGGGCCUAUCUGAAACCAGGAGCUUCUCCUGGAUCUCCUACAUGGGUGCAGGGGCCCAAAUACUUGGGCUAUCUUCCACUACUUUCCCUGAAGCGGUGAAUAACUACUCAUUCGGAACAUGUCAGCAGAGGAAGCUCUUUCCUCACCAUCAUCCCCCAAACCGGUUGGGGAACAAGUUUCUCCCACUUAGGGGCUCGCCUCACAGAGGGCCUGGAUGUUACACAACGGAUUGGUGUGGCUUGGCCUGCAGCCUAUCCAAGAUCCCGACCAGCACAAAAGGAUAUGCUUUUGGAGCCAGAACGGCCUUGAGGUUCCAGCCGAUGGAGAAGGAUAUGAAGCAUUAUCCAGGCAUGUACCAGAAAGUAGAUAUUCAGGAUGGAAAAUACAAACAAACUUUUGCUCCAUUUAAUGUCUUGAUGCCUCGAUUUAGGACCUUUUCAAAGGAUCCUUCUUACCCGGGCCCUAGUUCAUACAACCCAGAGAAGAAGCCACCCCUCAAAGUUGCUUGGCCUAUGCAAUUUGGAUCUCCAGACUGGGCUCAGGUGCCAUGUCUACAGAAAAGAACCCUAAAAACUGAGCUGUCCACAGACAAGGAAUUCAGAAAGCAUCGGAACCGUGUGGCCUACCUAAGCCUUUAUUACAACUGAGAAGCAGUAACUACUUCACAUCCUCCUCCUGAUCACAGACUCUCCAGGAGGGGGCACGGAGCUGCUCUUCUCUCUGCAUUACUGGAGCGCGCUUGUCUGCCAGCAUGGGGCCCAGGGAGGGGCAAGGGGCUCAUAACCACUGUACGUGAACAUAAAGACUAGUUCAGAAUA